AUGAAGGCGCACUGGGCUCUGGACUCUGGACGCUGGUCACCCCCGAUUGUUGGCUAUAUGCACACGCAUAGAGCUUCUACCGUCGACCAUUGUCGACUGCAGGACUCGACGGCUCCACUUACUCGCCUUGUCCGCGGUGGAGUGGCGUAUUCCUUUGCUCAAAAGCAGACCAAAACCAAACACACAUCGACUUUGUGUCCGAGUCCUCGCAUCAGUGUCCGCAUCUGUCUGGAUUCGCGACCCCCGUCACAUCACCGGGGGUUCAGAGUUGCCCACUCCGAGUCGGGAGACUCCGGAAUCCCCAAUGCCCGCGACCCCCGACCUCAUCCCAUCCUGAUUCUUAGCGACGUCGUCUGUCCAUCGCAUUUAUCCUCGCUGUGGGCAACGCCAUGUGACUUGGAUCGAAUCUGUGAUUCGUUUCUUAUUACGCGCGACCGCAGUGAUAGCGGCUCUGGAAACGCGGGAACUGCUAGAGUUCCAGUGGGCCUGGGCUCAGUGAGGAACUCAAAGGGGGAGGAGGACUGCCAAGGAGUACUGAACAGAACUCAAUCGGCUGCCCAGCCGAACCGCCUGAUAUCGCCGGAUACCUUGUUGCGAAGGCGCAAGGGAAACUCCUAUGAAAUGGCCACUCUGCUGGUCAGCAUGCUGAUUGGAGCUGGCCACCCGGCUCUGGUGGUUUCCGGAGUGGCUCGCGAGGAGACGAUUCUCAACGACCAACUGGCCAUUCCCUACCCGUAUCCGAUCGUCGAGGUGGAGGCUGAGGAAAUAAAGCCAAAGGUUGAGAAGACGGGUCAAAAGUAUAAGCUGCGCGGAUUACCCGAUUUGGAGAGUCAUCUCGAGGAGGAUAUGGCCGAGGUUCACAGGCUCAAGGCGGCGGAGGAGAAGCGGAUUCAGGACGAAAUAAUCCGGAAGCAAAUGGAGGAACUCGAGCUGCUGGCCGUGGAUCGGCAUCAUUAUCGACGCAGUCAUGCCUGGGUGGUGAUCAUCAACAAUGCCCCGUGGAGUGUGAAGCCCAAGACUACCUACACGGAUGUCAACGGCGAUGUGGUCGAGGCUCCUCCCACGGCCAUUUUCAUCGAACCCUCGACCGGAUUCAUCUGCGAAACGGGAUGCAAACAGUACAUCCUGGUGGAUAGCAUCUGGAAUGACUACAACUACUAUGUGUGCAAGCAGAAGCAUCAGAGGGUCGGGGAGCUGCGUUGGGAUCUGCGGGACACCAAGGACUGGGAGCACAUGCUACCCGGUGAGCCGCCCGAGAUGCGCACCUAUAAGAUGUCCUCGGAUGAGAAUAUCGCCGAUGAGGAGCACGAUAUCAGCGAGGAGAAGCACUUGGAUUGCAUUGGAUCCUGGGUGGAGCGACUGCACAUCGGUUUGGCCGACUUUGAGCAGCGUUUCCCCAGCUCCGAAAAGAAAAUCCAGUACAAGGGAGCCAUCCACGAGCGGUUCUCUCCCUAUUCACAGCGCGACGGCAAGGUGAUGCAGCUAACCAUUUUCAACAAUGACGAGUGCACCAUUCCCAAGGUCCGCUACGAGUACUAUGAGAAUCGAUCCGAUCUCAUGCGUCAUGUAAAGUACACAUAUGCCACCGAUCAAUUUGAGGAGAUCUUUAACAAAGGGCGGAAUGACAGUUUGAAAUCCAUAGAAUAUUUCUCCGACACCUCGCUGCCUCGGAAAGUGCACUUUUACUCGGCUUCGAGGAUAGAUUCCUUGGAUUUGAUGGUGGUUGAACCAGGCUCUUUGGUCCUUCAUUAUAAGGGUCGCAGUGACAAGUGUUGGUAUAAGGAAUUUGAAUUCACUCCAGCCGGAAACGUUCUCAAGAAAGUCACUGAGAAGUUUCUGAAGGCCAGCGCUGACGAUGUGGGCACAAAUGAUAUAGCAACACGCAUGUUUCUCUUUCAACAAAAUAAAAUUGUUUUGAAAUUUCACUAUACAUUCGGGGCUCUAACCGCUACAACAGUGGAGUUUACGAAGCCACCAAGACCGGAUUAUGGCAAAGAGUUGGUUUACGAUGAGAAACUUACCAAAAUCUACAAGGCUAAUCCUCUAGAUCCAACUCGCACUAAUCUCGAGCUAUACAGAUUGCUGUGUGCUCAACUGAAGUAUGAGGAUCAGCUGAGGAAGAACUUUGAAAAAAUCUUCGAGGACAUAAACAACAUAUUCGAUUUGCGCAAAUUCGAAAAGGCGGAACCUAAGCUCAAGUUUAGCAUAUUUGAUCCACUGAGGAAUGGAGCAGCCAGAGCUAUAAGAAUGAGACAGUUUGAGGAGGAAGAGGAACUCAAGAAGGAAAUAGCCAGCAAGCCCGCUGAUUUCUUGGCCCCAUAUCUAGUGCCUUAUAAACACCAGGAUGAACUUACUCCCGAGCAAUCUCUAAAUGCAUAUAAUGCCUGCCUGAACGAUUUAAAAUCUCGGUUUGUCAGCUUGCUUAAUAACCUGCAGCGACACUACGAAGAUCUUACCUCGGAGUCAAAGUCCCUGAAUCGAUUUCUUAACAAAUUUGAGAAUCAGUUUAAUAACUACGAUUACAAGCGCCUGGUGCAACAGUCGAAGGAUCUGGAACUUAAUAAGCGAAUGGUUCAACAGCGCUUGACCCUGACCCAUGAAGAGUCCCAAAAGAAAUACGAAAUAGUCAAAAAUUCCUUGCUAAAAGACUCGCGUCUUAAUUUCAAGAAGGAAGAUUUGGGAAGGAGGCCUUCGGAGACAUCGAAAUAA